AUGUCUUCUCCGGCGGUGGCCAGGAGUGCCCCAGGAGGGAGCCGGGAGAUGGCCCCCAGGAGGUGGGCAGUGGGCGGCGGCAGCGGCGACCGGCCGGAGCGCCAGGAGCUGCUGCUGCGCCGUGGCGAGCUGCUGGCGCUGGGCGGCCACCUGAAGGGAGCGCUGGAGGCGUACUCGGCGGCGCUGCGCCGCGGGGCCCCCGGCAGGCCCGAGCGCCUCGGCACCCUGGUGGACUGCCUAGUGCUCAACUACCGGCUCCGCCACGGGCUGCGCUGCAGCGCGGCCCCGGAUGCCGACGCCGGCGCCGCCGGGCUCCUGAGCUGCCUGGGCUGCCGGGGCUUCCUGAGCGAGCCGGUGACCGUGCCCUGUGGCCACAGCUACUGCCGCCGCUGCCUGCGGAGAGAGCUCCGCGCCCACUGCCGCCUCUGCCGGGCCCGCCUGCCGGCCGCCGAUGCUGAGGGGCCGCCGUCCCCGGCCGCAGCCGCCUCGGGCUUCAGGACCAGCGUCGUGCUCAACCACCUGGCCGAGAAGUGGUUCCCGGGCCUGCGGGAGAGGGCCCGGGCGGCCGGCCGGCUCGGGGAGCUGCUGCAGCAGGGGCGCUACCGGGAGGCCCUGGCCGCCGCCUGCGAGGCGCUGCGAGCAGAGCCCUGCGACUUGACUCUGAAAAUUUACAGAGCUGAAUCAUAUGCUGGUCUCCAAGAGUUUAAAGCAGCCAUGGAAGAUUUAAACGCAGUUCUCUCUCAACUUCCAAACUGGCCUGAGGUCUACUUCAGGAAGGGAAAAGUACUCCACGAUGCUGGUUUUCUAGGCGAUGCCUUACAACUGUUUCUUCAGUGCUUAGCCCUGGAUGAAGAUUUUGCACCUGCAAAGCUAGAAGUAGAAAAGAUUUUGUGUGAUUUAUUAUCCCCUGAAAACGUAAAAGAAGGCCUGAAGGAAUCUUCCUGGAGUUCAUUACCAUCUGCUAAAAACAAAGCCUUUGGUUUCCCUUCAGUAAUGGAGGAAUCUCAUUCUCCUAGUGAGCUUAGCCCAGAGCAGAAUGAAGCCGUUCCCGAGGCCACUUCAGAACCUGUCAAAGGAGGCUUAAACCGUGCUCAGUCAGCACAGGCUAUCAAUUCAACAGAAAUGCCUGCCAGAGAGGAUUGUUUGAAAAGAGUUUCCUCAGAACCUUUCCUCUCAGUUCCAGAAAAAGGCGCUCUGCUGAAGAGAAAAUUGUCCCUUUUAGAACAGGAUGUGAUUGUAAAUGAAGAUGGAAGAAAUAAGCUUAAAAAACAAGGAGAACCACCUAGCGACGUCUGUACAUUAUCCUUCGUUUGUGGUGACAUCCCAGAAGAAUUAAUAGAUGUCUCAGAUUUUGAGUGCUCCCUCUGCAUGAGGUUGUUUUUUGAGCCAGUAACAACCCCUUGUGGACAUUCAUUCUGUAAGAACUGUCUUGAGCGUUGUUUAGACCAUACACCAUAUUGUCCGCUUUGCAAGGAAAGCUUAAAAGAGGUAAAUAUUUGCUAUCUGGCAGAUAGAAGGUUCUGUGUCACACAGCUGUUGGAAGAAUUAAUAGUGAAGUAUCUGCCUGAUGAGCUGUCUGAGAGAAAAAAAAUAUACGAUGAAGAAACCGCUGAACUAUCGCACUUGACCAAGAAUGUUCCAAUAUUUGUUUGCACUAUGGCCUACCCCACUGUGCCUUGCCCUCUUCAUGUAUUUGAGCCAAGAUACAGAUUGAUGAUUCGAAGAAGUAUACAGACUGGAACAAAACAGUUUGGGAUGUGUGUCAGUGACACACAAAAUAGUUUUGCAGAUUAUGGUUGUAUGCUACAAAUUAGAAACGUUCAUUUCUUACCUGAUGGAAGGUCUGUGGUCGAUACAGUUGGAGGAAAGCGGUUUAGAGUUCUAAAACGAGGAAUGAAGGAUGGCUAUUGCACUGCAGAUAUUGAAUACCUAGAAGAUAUUGAGGUUGAGAAUGAGGAUGAGAUAAAGAAUCUCAGAGAGCUUCACAACCUGGUGUACUCUCAAGCUUGCAGCUGGUUCCAGAAUUUAAGAGAUAGAUUUCGAAGUCAAAUUCUUCAGCACUUUGGAUCAAUGCCUGAGAGGGAGGAAGACCUUCAGGCAACCCCUAAUGGACCUGCAUGGUGUUGGUGGCUUCUUGCAGUUCUUCCCGUAGACCCCCGAUAUCAGCUGUCCGUUUUGUCCAUGAAGUCUUUGAAAGAACGGUUGACAAAGAUCCAGCAUAUACUGACCUAUUUCUCUAGAGACCAGUCUAAGUAACCAACUGCCUGGCCCUCCCUUGGAACAGUUACCCUAAUCUGGCUCUGUGGACGGCCGGAUUGUUCGCUGCCUUUGCACAUCCAGCGCUGGUCUGAGAAACGUAAUGACAACCGGAGUGUUUGUUUUUGUGUUCUCCAGCCUCCGGAAUCCUGCGGUUCUUCCCAUGAACACCUUCAGCUCGGAUCUAGACCACUAAGAACUUGCACAGAAAAACACGCCCUGAACGCGUGUGAAGCCUCUACGGUGUGAUGAAGUUGCACUAUGGACCAUUUUCUGAACUGAAACGAGAGCUCUGUGCGUGUGUGGCUUGUGUGCCUGAGUGUGUGUGUGCGCGCGUGUGCAUGGGUGGUAUGUGUGCAUUUUCUCUGGCUUUAAAAUUUUAACAAGAAAAAAAAAAACAAAAAAGCCAUAGAGAGCAGAACUUGCCCGGGGUCCUUUGUGGCCCGAGUUUACAACAGCAGCGAUACACGUUUUCGCAAAUUGAAUUUGCCUCAGAUUUAUCUGUCCUAAUGCUUCUAUUUGCACAAGUAUGUACAUUGUGGUAUUGAGUAUCACUGUCUGUUGGGAAUACUGCUCUCGCCGAACCAUCUAGACCAUUGACUAUGACGCAGUUUCUUAUUUAUGUCAAUACACGCAUCACAGUGCCUGACAGGCGCUGGAUGUGGAACCUAGAGCCAGUUUUCAGGAACAAUUGCAAACCUGACAUGGUACUGUACAUCUAUUCAUAAAACACUUAAAACUGUGAAAAUAUGGUUUACAUUUAACUGUACAUAAAGGCAACCGGUGAACUCCGUUCAGUACCAGUUAGUUUGUGCAUUAUAGGGGCUUUUGCAUUAACUGCCCAUCUCUGUAAUUUAUAGUUUGACAUGAUGUGUUUGUUUUUAAAACAGUGACAUAAUAGACGCUCAUUAAGGAACUGGGGGAAGAAAGGAAGCUUGUAAUGUAGAACUAAGCUUUUAAAGUGGUUUUUUUUUUUUUUUAAUUCUGUUCUUGGUGCAAACGUUAGUUAUGCCUUAUUCAUACCACAGUUAGAUCGCCAUGCCCUAGCGUGAUUUACCCUCAUGCUGCCUAGAUACUUUUGUAAUUAUGUGUUGCAAACUUGUGACUGUCUCUAUUCGCUUUCUUUUAUGUAAGUCAUUUGUAAAAGUUUCUUAAACAAAUUUUGCUUUUGCUUAUUUAAUUUUGAAUAAAAGCUAAAUUCAUAAUAA